AUGGAGGAGUGGAUGAUCAUCCUAAUCGGUGCGAUUGGAGGCCUAUUCAUCAUAUUAUUGGCCGUAGUCAUUGCUUAUUGUGUGGCACGUUCAGUGAGAUCACAAGAAUAUGAGCCACUGGAGAAAGGAAAUGUAUUUGUCUACGAGAGAGACAAUUCACAACAAAUCAAAGAGGAUACAAUCAUGAUGAAUGCCAGAUUCUAUUUAAGAUCUACUAUGUACACAUUGGACAGACAUCUCCCUUUGAUCGGAUCUAGAACAGACAAGAACUACUUCUCAGUCAUUGGAAACUCACCAAAUCGAGCAGAGAAUGACAGGGUCCUCUCAAUGGUGCCCAUUUCAAAGAACUGGCCCCUGCCCCUAUACACAGAGAAUGGCAGACAAACCUAUCGAACAAUUAUCAAAUCAAUGGAGCUCCACCCAUUCAUCAGCACACCGCAUCUUGUGGACUUCCUACCAGACAAGAUGGUCUCGGUCUCAAUCAGACCUUUCUAUGCACGUGGUUCUCUCCGCGACUACAUCCACCAGGCAAAGCCCAAAUCAAAGUACUCUGAGAAAUACCAGCAACAGUAUCAACUGAACGACAAGUUGAUAUCAAGAUUCGGAAGACAGAUCCUUGAGGCUCUCCUCUUCUUGAAGUAUCACAAUAUGCCAUACUUUCAUUUGAAUGCAUCCAAUAUCUUGAUGGAUGAUAACACUUGUCUGAUAAGCGAUUAUGAGAAUGCAUUCCUCGGACUUCGACCAAGACUAUCAAAGUUCCUUUCUACUUUCUCUGACAAGAUGGACCCAGAGGUUCUCUGCUUUGGAUGUAUUCUCUACGAGAUGGGAUGUGGCUAUGAAAUGGAGUCACCAGAUUCUAUUGAGCUCGGAUUGCCAGGCCACUGCCAUCCAGAGGUCAAGAAGAUUCUCGAGUCCAUCUUUAGGCCAAUGUAUGGCGUUGCACCCACCCUUGAGGAGUUGACCAAGCUCAACUUCUUCUCUGAGUGGAAGUUCAAGAAUCUACCAAUCCAAAGAGUGACAUUCUCCACCAAAGAGAGAGAGAUGAUUGACGCAGCAAGCAAACUGAACAGAGCGUACAUCACUCAACAGAAGGUCGAUGACAUUCCCAAGCUGAAGAAGUUGAAGAAACAAAAGAAGAGAAAGACUUUGACCUUUGUACCGAUGGAGGUCACACUGAACCCAACAACAUCUUCCAGCAUUCCUACUUCCUUCUCUUCAUAUAGCUCAAGCUCCUCGUUGGCAUCAUCCUACAGCACCACUUCACUAAACAAUCAAGUACAAAAGACCAAUUCUUCCAACAAUCUGGCAGCUUCAACAUCACCAACAAGUGUUGUUCAAUCAGCGCCGCCAGCACCACCUGCAGCACCGAAACCACCACCUCCUCCUCCUGCACCACCAGCAUCUUCCUCUGCACCUCCUCCACCACCUCCUCCUCCUGCUGCAUCCUCCAGUGGCGGAGGUGAUCGUCGUGGCCUUCUGACAUCUAUCGAAUCAUUUAGGUCAGGUUCACUAAAGAAAACCAAGACAAAGGAUAGAAGUUCACCAAAGUUGUAA